UUUGGCAGGAGUGACCAGAAUAAAAACAGUAACACCAGACAUAGAAGAGAAAAAAGAGCAAUGAUCCAACGAACCAAAGGCUUUGCCCUUUUUAAUUACGUCGUGUCCAGUAUCAUUUCUUUCUCUCCUUCUUUUUUUUGAGACAUUUUUGAAGUGGUAAUUAGCUCUUGGAGAAUAAAACCAGCUGAUUUGGGGAGGGCCGGUGCAUUUUGGGGCGAGAUGGCUUGCAGGAGGGUUGCGUUGUUUCUUCUCGGUUUCUUCCUUACCACACAGCUGAGUCCUUCGCUGCAGGGAGGGGUGUACGUACCACAGGGUGGGGUCGGAGGAGGAGGACAAGGUGCUGGAGUUUACCCAGGAGGAUAUGGCGGAGGUGCUGGGACUCUAGGCACUGGUGGUCAGACAGGAGGUUAUGGGCUUGGAGGUUAUGGAGCUGGAGCUGGUGGAAAACCUCCUAAAACAGGUGCCUAUGGGGCUUAUGGUGCAUAUGGAGGGGCUGGAAGAUUCUUUCCUGGAGCUGGAGGCCUGAAACCAGCUAAGCCAGGUUUUGGUCUUCCAGGAGGAGGUCUACCUGGAGGAGGAGUUCUACCUGGAGUUGGUGCUGGUGGAAAACCCCCUAAAGGAGGGCCAGGUGUGGGGGGAACUGGUCCUGGUCUUCCAGUCAUUCCUCAGACCGGUUUACCAGGAUUGGGUCCUGGUGGGGUUGGACCAGGGGGAAAACCAGCGAAGGCUGGAAAAGCUCCAGUGCCAGGUGUAGGAGUACCUGGACUUGUUCCUGGACAAGGAUUCAAUGGGCGGGGACUUCUUCCUGGUGUAGCCACAGGAACCGGACUCAAGCCUAAAUCAGCUGCUGGUGGAGGGCAGGGUCUGGGGCCAGGUGCUGGAGGCCGUGGUCCACUGCAGCAAGGAGUGUUUCAUGGAUACCCUCUUAAAUCUCCCAAAGCCCCAGGUGCUGGGUCUCCUUACACAGGCGGCAAACUUCCAUUCGGUUAUGGUGGCUUUGGUGGAGGUGCUGGUGCUGGUGGAAAAGCUAAACCAGGUUAUCCCACAGGGACUGGUGUGGGGUCUCUAGGAGUCUCUGCUGCACAGGCCAAAGCAGCUAAAUAUGGUCCUGGAGCUGGUUUGGGUGGGGUUGGAGGUUUGCCGGGAGGUGCUGGUGGGCAAUACCCAGGUGCUGGUGGGCUUUACCCUGGUGCAGGAGGCGUGCUCACACCAGCUCAAGCCAAAGCAGCUAAAUAUGGUGUUGGUCCAGGCGCUACUGGAAUUGGUGGUGUAUCAGGCACAGGUGGACUGAUUCCUGGAGCAGGUACUGGUGGUAUUGUACCAGGAGCUGGAGGCGGCUACCCUGGAGGAGUCUAUCCUGGAACAGGAGGUCUUACACCAGCUCAAGCCAAAGCAGCUAAAUAUGGUGCCGGUCCUGGUGUUACUGGAAUUGGUGGUGUAUCAGGCACAGGUGGACUGAUUCCUGGAGCAGGUACUGGUGGAACUGGAGGCAUCUACCCUGGAGGAGUCUAUCCUGGAAUAGGAGGUCUUACACCAGCUCAAGCCAAAGCAGCUAAAUAUGGUGCCGGUCCUGGCGCUACUGGAAUUGGUGGUGUAUCAGGCACAGGUGGACUUAUUCCUGGAGCAGGUACUGGUGGGAUUGUACCUGGUACUGGAGCUGGAGGCGUCUAUCCUGGAGGAGUCUAUCCUGGAACAGGAGGUCUUACACCAGCUCAAGCCAAAGCAGCUAAAUAUGGUGCCGGUCCUGGUGCUACUGGAAUUGGUGGUGUACCAGGCACAGGUGGACUGAUUCCUGGAGCAGGUACUGGUGGGAUUGUACCUGGCACUGGUCUUGUGCCAGGAGCUGGAGGCUUCUAUCCUGGAGGCGUCUAUCCUGGAACAGGAGGUCUUACACCGGCUCAAGCCAAAGCAGCUAAAUACGGGGCCGGUCCUGGAAUUGGUGGUGUAUCAGGAACAGGUGGACUUGUUCCUGGAGCAGGUACUGGUGGGAUUGUACCUGGUUCUGGUAUUGUGCCAGGAGCUGGAGGCUUCUAUCCUGGAGGAGUCUAUCCUGGCACAGGAGGUCUUACACCGGCUCAAGCCAAAGCAGCCAAAUACGGUUUGGGUGGAGCAGGGGGUGCUGGAGUUGGAGGACUGUACCCUGGAGCAGGAGGAGUGGGAACAGGGGGCGGUGUCAUCCCAGGUUAUGGUUCUGUUACUGGGAUUGGAGGACUUCCUGGGGCUGGAGGACUAGGAGCUGGGGCCAAGCCUCCUAAAUAUGGAGUACCUGGAGGUGCUGGAGUUCCAGGAGGAGGCGCAGGAAGAGUACCAGGUGCUGUUCCAGGAGGAGUGCCAAUAACUGGAGGGGGAGGGUAUCCUGCUGGUGCUAAGGCUUUUAAAUAUGGUUUGGGUGGUGUUGGUGGUCUACCAGGAGGUGCAACUGGUGCCUUGCCUGGAUUUGGUGGAGCUGGUGGAGUCCCAGGUGGAGCUGGAAUAGGAACAGGAUAUCCCAUUGGAGGAUAUGGAACUGGGAUAAAACCACCUAAAUACGCAGGUGUUCCUGGAGUUGUCCCUGGCACCGUACCUGGAGGCGUACCUGGAGGGUAUCCAGCAGGAGUUAAACCUCCUAAAUAUGGAGGAGCAGGGACAGUGCCGGGAGCUGGAGGGGCACCAGUCAUUGGAGCUGGGACAGGAUUGGCACCAGGAGCUGGGAUUGGGGGAUAUCCUGGUGGAGUCAAACCUCCUAAAACUGGUGCUGAGAUCACUGGAGUCGGUCCUGGUGCGACACCUGGUGGUACUGGUGUGGUGGUCGUACCGGGCGGAACAGGGAUUGUUGUUCCUGGUGGUACUGGGAAACCAGCAAAGCUCCCAACCCUGGCUCCUGAGGGGACUGCUGUACCAGGACCGACGGCUAUUGUAGGAACUGGCAAGGCCCCUGAGCACAGUGCAACAGGAGUUGCUCAAGGUCCAUAUUACACUGGCGUUGGACAGUCUGGAAUUGGAACUGGUUUGUUACCUGGAGCCAAGCCGCUGAAACCCCCGGGUGUUGGAGGGACUGGUACUGUCGCAGGUGUAGGUGGAGUUGGUGGGGCUGGUCUCAUACCUGGAACAGGUGUGAGGUAUCCAGCAGGUGUUGGGUAUGGAACCGGUGGUGUCGGGACUGGUGGUAAACCACCCAAACCAGGCUAUGGCUCUUUGGGCACAGGAUAUGGACAGCCAGGUGGUGUAGUUCCAGGUUCAUAUGGUGGAUACCCACAGGCAUAUCCAGGGGGAUAUGGAGCAGGACUGACACAACAACAAGCCAAAGCAGCCAAAUAUGGAGGUGGACUGCCUGGAUUCCUGGGAGGAGGUUAUCUAGGUGGAGCGGGCUGUCAAGGAAAAUACUGCGGACGGAAAAGAAAAUAAACUCUCUUGAGACGUGAAUGACCUCAAGAAACAUGGUGCUACUGCAUGCUCUAGAAUGUACUUUACUCCAACAAACAAUCCCAUCAUGCACAAAUGUUACGUUUUGUACUGAUAGUAAAUAUUUUGAACAAAUCCAGAGUCCUGUAUGCUAAUACAACGUCUAGUGUUUUCUCACGAUUAUUCCAAUUCUCAUUGUUUAUGGCACAUUCAGUGUUUCAUAUUGUAGUUAUUGCAUAACUAGUUUUUUAGCGUUUUUAUUUUAGCUGGUAAGGGUGUUUUAAACACCAACCUCUUAUUUUCUGACAUUUAUGAAAACACCCAAAGCUCUUGUGUUCAGUUGCAUUGAUAGCUUAGCACUCCAUCUUCCGAAGCAAUGGCAAAUAUCUGCACAUCAUCCUUUUUUGUCUUUGCCAACACAUUUAAGGUACACAUUAAAGCGUCCUGUCAUACUGCUGAUGAAACUUUGGGUUGAACGAUUUCACAUCUGGCUUUAGUGUAGAGGUUUGCCUAUUACACUAAAUCUUUAAGAAGACAGCAUACUGUAAGCUUUCUGUUUAAUAUUCAUAAAUACAGCUACAAUUUACCAAAAUACUGUAUAAAGCCAAAAGCCUUAAUGCUCUCAAAAAUAGUUUUUUAUAGACAAAAAAAUAUAUGCAACACAUUGCAUCUUAAUGCAAUAUUUUUUUUUUAUUAGUGUUUAAUCUCUAUGUUCUCAAUUUUAUUAGAUGCCCCCCCUCCAUUUAGAUGAUUUAGGAGUGAUUCACAUCACAGUGUCUUUGGCUCGCAAAUAGACAAUUGAAAAUACUUCAACUUUUAAGAAUGCUCAGUCGAAAGUGCGUAGGAAAUGACAGGGGAAAGCAAUAUGUUUGCGUUUUCCCGCACGAUUUUAUAUUUGAAAUGUGAAACGCCCCUUGGGCUUUUCUGAAACAACUUCAUUAUUUAAGGUUCAAGCUCUGAAGUAUUAAAAAAAUCACCAGCCUAGAUCUCUUGAUUUAAAAUACUUCAUAAUUGCCAGCAGUUUUUUUUUUGUCGGCCAUAAUAUGCAUAUUAAAGAAAGAGAUCUUUACUAACAGACCACAGACAGUGACAGCUCGAUGGCAAUAUUCAUUUCUGCAUAUUGUGUUAAGUAUGAAGACGUUUGCUCUGAUUGUGCUAAAUAAUACGCAGAAAUGAACGAUGGCUACAUUGUGUUGGAUUGCUUAAACUUUUGUGCUCAUAUAAAUAGUUUUGGUGCCAGUCCAGAGAAUGAAAAAAAGCUAAAAUGACCAAAUCUGUAAAGCAGUAAUCAUAGAUAUGACUUGUACAUUAUGUAUGUUUACUUUGAACAUGGAAAACGGAAAAAGAUGUGCUUAUGUUGUUCCUCGGUCUGGAGAGGGAACAGGUGCUUCCAUUAUUUGACCAAGAAUGUGUUUUGUUAAUCAUUGUGUAUUCACAUAGAAUUAGUAUAUACAUACAUACAUACAUACAUACAUAUAUAUAUCUUAUGCUUAACGUAGGUUGGAUCAUUAAACAGCAGGUGCCAUGUUGUUUGUUUUGCACCAUUUAAACUUGACAUUUUGACCAGUUAUCAAGUACACAUGACAAUAACUUUUUUUUUGUUCGCUUUAAAUAACUAAUGCAUUUUAGUCACUGUGGAACUUGCAAAACUGUAUAAGAUAUUUUGAUAAGAUGUGGGAUGUGUGUGCAGUACAGUGUGUGUGUGAGUGUGUGUUAUGUGUGUUAUGCAUGUAAUGCUCUAUAAAGUGUUACAAAUCAUGUGCGUUCUUUUUCCCAAAAUGCCUCAAUCACCAAUGUAUUACUAAAUAUAAAAUGUCUCGUUUCGACAAAAUUUGGUUUAUGCUGUUUUCCAAACCAUCUAAAAGACACUUUAUCAUUUUUGCUUAUACCUGGUGCUGUAUUUGACCUGCCUGUGAGCCCUAUACCAGGUUUUGUCUAUUGUGUCGUGGUAUUUACAUCUUAUUUAAAUAAAGGGGCGGGCCGUUGCACUUUUCAAUGACCUACAUUCUUACCAGUUCCCGAAAAUCUUGGCAUUUUACCUGUUCUAGUGAAAAUAAAUAAAAUGUUUCAAAUAAAUAAAAAA